UGAUUGAAAAUCAACACAAUAAUAUCCCGUGAAGUGUUUGCGAUAAAUAAUUUUACUUAUUAAAAUUGCUGCGUUCAAAUGAAGCUGUUGUUUCUGUAGAUUUUGGGUUUAUUUUCAAGAUUACCAGUCAAGAUGUUGAAAACUUUUGUAAAGAGUAAAGCUGUAAAUGUUCUCGCUUCGCAAAACGUUAGAUAUAUUUCCACCGGUCAGCCCUUGAAUGAUGAAAGUUGGCUGAAUAAGUUAUUCGUGCGACGUAUCGAGCCUACUAAAGAAUCACACUCCAGUAUGUUAUCUGAUAAAGAGAUCAUUUACGCGUUGUAUACUCAUAACAUCAAACCAGAUUGCAGGGAUAAAUAUUUAAUUAACUGCGAAAAAAAGGCUGCUUUAUUAGCUUCGCUUCAGAAACAAACGGAAUGCGAUUUAGUCGGUGCUUGGACCGUUGAAAUCGGUGAUCUAGAUCAAGCUUUGCAUUUAUGGAGAUUCAAAGGCGGAUACUAUGGCGUCGAUAAAGCUCGUAAAUUCCUCGACGAAAAUUCGGAUUUUCAAAAAUUGGAAAAAGAACAAGCCGCGUAUCUGAGAGAAAGGCAUUUACAAUUUUUACUAGGAUUUAGUUACUGGCCCAAGAUAGAAAACCGUCCCGGAAGGAAUAUCUAUGAAAUUAGAAGUUACACGUUGAAACCUGGUACUAUGAUAGAAUGGGGUAAUAACUGGGCCCGAGCUGUGAAUUUCAGACAAAAUAACAACGAAGCUUUCGCCGGAUUUUUUUCGCAAAUUGGUCGCUUGUAUAAUGUUCAUCACAUUUGGUGCUACAAGAACCUGAACAGUAGGAAAGAAACUCGUGAAAGUGCUUGGAGAUCUCCUGGCUGGGAUGAAUGCGUAGCUUACACCGUACCGCUAAUACAACACAUGCAAUCUCGUCUCUUACUGCCGACAUCUUUUUCUCCUACCAAAUAAAAGGGUUAAUAUCCAUCGCCGGUCGAUUUACCAUACCUAUGAUAUAAUUUAUACAUGAUUAAUUCAUAAGUCAACUGUCACACUUGUUUUUUUUAUAAGAAAAAUGCUGCAAAAUACGUUCCAACGACGUGCAUCUAAUACUUUAUCGCUUUAUAUAACGAAGAAACAGUCGAGAUUACGGGGGUCUUAUAGUCUAGUUCUAAAUUUAGAACUAUCACAGUACCUAUAAGGUGGGCGUUAUGUUGGAUUAAAAAGAAAUGUUACGUUGGGUAUAUAUUUUAGUCAUAUCAGUCGGGUACACGUUCUUCUUAUACUUUUCUACUCUUUAAUUUUUUUUUUUACUCAUGUUUACGUUUUUCUUUCUCUCGCGAAUUGGUCGUAGUAACUGUGUUAUUUUGUUUUUUAAAAUCGGUGUGAUUUUUCUUGCUCGAUGUGAUAUUCUCAAAUGUUAAAGCAUUAAAAAUGUACAUUUCCAUAUGUUUUAAAUAUAUUUUUAUCGCGUUUAUUUCA